AUGGACGUCCAUAGCACACUGGACUCUCUGCCCUCCGAGGUGGUGAAUCGAAUAUGCACCUUCAUCAGCCCUCAAGAUCUUCUGUGCUUCCGGCUCUGCAGCCGAGCCACUGCUGCCAAGUCUCUCCAUCAGUUCGGUCAAAGAUGUUUCGUCUACAACAGAUUCCUCCUGACCAGCAAGAACAUGGCCAUACUUGAAGCCAUAGCCAAGCAUGACCAUUUCCGCACCGUGGUUCGUGGAGUCUACAUUGUACCGGCUCUCUUUGAGGGGAGGUACUCCAUGGACCAGGUGGAAUACCGCCAAUGGGCCUCUCAGUCGAGAGCUAGGCGGACACUCUAUCCAUCAAGGGCGCGUCGCGAUGAUCUUGAGAUCCCAGACGACAAGCUGCUCAAGUAUUAUCCAGCGUACAAGGAAGCCGUGGCUGACCAUCUGGACGUCGUCUUCUCCGGCAGGUUGAGGGAAAUACUUGCAUAUUGCGCCAGCCGGUUCCCAAAUCUGACCUCGGUGGGGUUGUCGCAUUACAACGCUGAGCGCCAGGAUCUUCUCAACCUCACCCGCCGCCUGGACUGCCCCGAAUGGAGAGAUUUGGUUUCCAGACUCGGAUGCGAUCCGGCGAUCCCAUGGCACAUCACCUCGCCGUUCAAAGAAGGCGACCCCAACGUGAGGGCGAGUGUUUUCACCUCUCUUCUGAGGGCGACAAUUACGCCUGGCGCGGAGAAUCUGGUAUUGCGGGAACUGAGUACCUGCCAUGCAGCAUCCAAAUAUGUCUCAUGCUGCAGUGGGCUCAUGUUGGGAGAGUUGGACCUGUCCAGCGAUGAGCAGGAGCUCAUCCUCGCGCGACUCGAAUCCAUGAAGUUGGAGAAGCUCCACAUGUGCAUCCGAGACUUCCACGGCCAAAAGCACCCCGAGUAUUAUCUAUUCAUGAAUAAGAUCGUUGCCCGGGUCUCACCGACCCUGUCGGAUUUCAGAUCCAUGAGGUCACCCACGCACGAGGGAUACGAAUAUGCAAAACAACAGAUCUCUUGGCUGGCGCACAAUACCUCUUUCAGUUCACUAUACAGACUCGAACUUGGAGGUAUAUCCACUACCGUGGGUGAUUUUAAGCGGCUCUUGGCAACGGCAGCCUCGACACUGCGCGUUGCCUACUUGUGGGACAUCUACUUGACGGUAGACAACCCACCCGCUGGGUCUGAAGAGUGUGCUCGCCUGGGAAGGCAGCUCUGGCGGGAGAUGUGGACUUGGCUCGGACAUGGAGGUCUACGCAUCCGCGACAGACUGCAUGGAUUUAGAGGCACUCAUCCGACCAUUAAUGCGUCCAAUGUUGGCCAAUAUCUCAAGAAAAAGUCACAUGUAUCUUUCAAGGAAUGGAUCUCACAGUUGCGGUUUGAGAAGUUGAUGUUAAGCCCCCCGGAGAGUAGCGAUGAUGAAGAGGAGGAGCUAUAUUCGGAGUGA